CUCAUUGUUUUCCCAUGCUCUGUGAGGACUUCAUAUGAUCUGGGUGUUGUCUCUUGGACCACUUUAGCCAGCGGUCCCCACUGCCCAUCACAUCUUACCUGCACUAUAUCCUCCUGUGCAAGUGGUCUCAGAGGCUUGGCUGUUCUGUUGUACAGUUCAGUUUGCCUCUCAUCUUGCCUCACAUCAUUCCUUUCCAUCUGAUGCACUGCGGAUGGAAGUCUCGUUCUAAGCUUCCGGUUCAUGAGCAUUUCUGCUGGCGAAAGACCGUUUUCCAGUGGUGAUGCUCGGUAGUUCAGAAUAGCCAGAUGAGGGUCUUCUGCAUUGUCUGCAACCUUUUUCAAAAUUCGCUUCACAAUUUGCACUCCUUUCUCUGCCAACCUAUUUGACUGUGGGUACAGAGGGCUUGAGGUUAUAUGUUUGAAACCAUAUGCUUCUGCAAAGUCUUUAAAGCAUUGGCUCGUGAAUUAUGGUCCGUUAUCGCUUAUAACAGUCAUUGGAAUUCCAUGGCGUGCAAACAUGCCUUUUGUAUGUGCGACAACCCUUUCUGCUGUUGUGUCACUCAGCCCUGCAAAUUCAGGGUAGUUGGAAUGAUAGUCCAUGACUAACAGGUAGUCCUUGCCUUUUAGCUGAAAUAGAGCCAUUCCAACUUUCGUGUGGCCUCAUUGGCUCCUUUGGCUGUUGGACUUUUCAAUUCCUAAAUGUCCUUCAUGCACUAAUGUGACCAUUUGUGAUCUCAUGGAGGUAGGUAUGACUAUUUUUGUGCCCUUUAACAGAACUCCAUCUAACACUGACAGCUCCCCUUUAAAGUGUUGAUAUUGCUUAUCCAGCUUUACCUGACCUGGUAAAUGUAUCUGUUCCAUUACUCUCCUCAGCUUUUCAUCCUUCUGUGUUUCUUUCACUAUCUCUGCCCAUUUUGCGUCUGACACUGGCAUUUGAACUCUAAUAGAGUCUACAUGGAUCUGCACAGCCUCUUCUGUCAUGCUUUUGGUGUUGCUUAAGCUAGCCCUACUCAGUACAUCGGCUACCACUAGGUGCUUGCCAGGCUUAAACUCAAAUGUCAAGUCAUAUUUCUGGAGUCUUAACAUUAGGCGCUGGAUGCGCAGUGGUGCAUCACCCAGUGGUUUCUGUGAGAUCGCUAUCAGUGGCUUGUGAUCAGUUUCUAAUAUCACUGAUCGUCCAUAGACAUAUUCAUGAAACUUUUCACAGCCAAAGACUGCCCCUAGAGUCUCCUUCUCAAUCUGUGCGUAAUUUCUUUCUACACUUGUCAUAGUGCGUGAUGCAUACGCAACUGGAUACCACUCUGUGUCGUGCUUCUGAAGCAGCACAGCUCCUAGGCCUGCUUUGGACGCAUCAGUGGACAGUGGAUAAGGCUUGUCCUGAUCAUAGAAUUUUAAAACUGACUCCUGAGUUAAACUGUUUUUCAGCCACUCCCAUUCUCUAGCAUGUUCUGCCAUCCACUGCCACAUUGUGUUAGUCUCCAACAAGCUUCUCAGAGCUCUUGUGUUUGCUGAUAAAUUUGGAAUAAAUUUCCCUAAGUCGUUAACUAGCCCUAAGGCUCUCUGUAAGUCAUUUUUGUCCUGCGGUACUGGCAGUUCUGCUACAGCCCGAACCUUCUCCGGAUCCAGUUGAACUCCUGCCCCAGACAAUUCCUUGCCCAGGUAAGUAAUCUCUUGCACCCCAAAUUGGCAUUUACUUUUAUUUAGUUUCACACCUGAUCUUUGCGUCUGACAGGAACCCUGUCCAAUCUUUCAUCAUGCUCAGCUUUUGUUUUUCUCCAGACUACCACAUCAUCGAUGAAGACUCCUACUCCUUCUAUUCCAUCAAAGAGUUGCUGCACAGUUCUAUGAAAAACUUCAGGGGCUGAGCUAAUCCCAAACGGCUACAUGAGCACAGAGCAGCUAGAGAUCAGUGCGGGUCACGUGUUUAUGCUUGAAUGUUCCAAUAAUAAAGAUGCAAAAGUGAACUGGACUCGACAUCUGAACCAGGACUUGGAUGCAGGAAUAAAGGUUAUAAACCAGUCUCUUUGGUUCUUCCCUGCACAGGAGUCACAUAGUGGAAUCUACUCGUGUUAUUUCAGUGAUGAGUAUGGACCUUGUGAAAGACAGUUUGUCAUUUCCAUAAACAACAGUAAAUGCCCCAGAAAGACUGAGCCAGUGUACCUAUUCAAGAACACCCUUCAACGUCUUACCUGUGGAAAUGAAUACAUUCGCAAAUUAAAUUCAGUUUCACUUGUGGGCUGGACGUGGAUGAAGGAUUGUAGUCCUCUAAGAUGGCAUGAGAAGUCUGACAUUCUUCAAUUCAGCAGUGUUUCAGACAGUGAUAAAGGAGUAUACACCUGCUUCCUGAACUUCACCCAUAAUGGAACUUCAUAUACUGUGGCUAGAAGCAUGCAAGUCAAGAUCACUGAUCAAGGUCCUGUUCCCCAGAAACCCAGAGUCAUAAAACCACAACAGGAAACUCUUGCUGUAAAACUGGGUUCAAAGCAGGUGUUACACUGCAAAGUAUUUGUUGGACGUGGAUCCUGUACAAUGGAACGUGUAGAAAUUACAAGGCCUUAUUGGCUGGUGAAUGGCAUGUUUGUUACGAAGCUUCCAAAAUAUUUUGCUUCUGAUGAUAACUGUACAGUAGAAAACAAUAUGGAGUAUCGCCACAGUUAUCUUACCAUUUUUGAAGUUCAGCAGGAAUUCUUCAACAUCCCUUUUCAGUGUGUCGCCCACAACUCUUUUGGCUAUCACAGUGGCACAGUUACACUCAUUCAACCUAGUCAGAGAGCACUCUAUUGUGGUUUAGCGAUACUCACUGCUUAUGUAGUAGCAGCACUGGGGUUCCUGCUGUUUUACCAGUUUAAAGUGGAUCUGGUGCUUGCUUACAGGAAUCUCAGCCCUUGUUUGAAACAACACAAUGAUGGGAAACUGUAUGAUGCCUAUGUCACUUACCUCCAUGGUGAUGAUCACAGUGCGUCUUUUGCAACAACCUUUGCCCUGCAUGUCCUUCCGGAGGUUCUGGAGGAUCGACUUGGCUAUAAACUGUUCAUUAGUGGCCGGGAUGCACUACCAGGCGCAGCGGUCCAUGAUGUGAUCUCCGAAACAGUUGGGAAGAGCCGGCGGCUAAUCAUUGUCCUUCCAUCCCAGGCUUUCACAAAGUCUUCAGAUAACACCGGGGGACUUUUAAAUAAAAUGUCACCUGAGCACUUGAGUUUAAACAAUAACAUAACAGCAUCUGAACUCUCUGAAUCAUCUCACUUGUACUGGGGUCCUUACGAGUGCUGGGUGGGUCUGUACGAUGCCCUGGUAAAAGACUGUUUGCAGGUCAUCCUGGUGCAGGUGGGAAAAGAAGUGGAUGACGCUCUGCUCCCUGAAUCACUGCGCUAUGUUAAGCACAAUCAGGGGAUACUCAAGUGGAAACAGCACUUCACCAGUGAGCCUAAUGGAAAAUUCUGGAAGCAGAUGCGUUAUCGAAUGCCGCCAGUGCAAAAAGCCAGAACAUCUGUAAUGGUUUAAAGCUGAUGUGUUCAUUUUUGUUACAAAGACUAUUUUGUGGAGGAUUAUUUUCCCCAUAUUUCUCAACAGCUUGCUCACCAAUGAGAAUCCCACCCACCAGCCUGCUCUCACCUAUCCUACAACAGCUAACAACCAGGGAGGGUGACAGUUCCGACAAAAGCGCUAUUCACCCUCUUCCAUAUACACUCACUAUCCACUUUAUUAGGAACAGAUGUACACCUGCUCAUUCAUGCAGUUAUCCAAUCAGCCAAUCAUGUGACAGUAGC